UUUUGUAUAAAGGUUUCGUCUUGAGUUGUGCCAUCACACAUUUCUUUUCCUUUAUAAACUCCUCUGCUUUCCUCUGUUUUUUUGCUGGUUUUCCACCUUCAUCUACUUCUUCCUAUCUUCAUCAAUACAUACCAUCUUAUUACAAACAUUUAUAUCACAUAAAACUAAGGGUGUAAGUUAAAAGGAAAAAAUGGAUAAAAAUAAUAAUAAUGAUGAAAAAAAUGAAAAGAAAGGGAAUAAUAAUAGCUUAGAAAAAAGCUACUUUGAUGUUUUGGGAUUAUGUUGUUCUUCUGAAGUUCCAUUGAUAGAGAAAAUAUUGAAGCCACUUGAAGGAGUUAUUGAAGUUUCAGUGAUAGUUCCUUCUAGGACUGUCAUUGUUUUACAUGAUACUCUUGUUAUUUCUCAGCAUCAAAUUGUGAAGGCAUUAAAUCAAGCUCGGUUAGAAGCAAAUGUAAGAGUAAAAGGGAUAACAAACUACAGGGGAAAAUGGCCAAGUCCUUAUGUUAUUUUAUCAGGGCUAUUACUCUCACUCUCAUUUCUCAAGUAUGUAUACCACCCUUUACAAUGGCUAGCAGUUGCCGCGGUUGCUGUUGGCAUUUGGCCUAUUUUAUUAAGGGGUGUUAUCGCGAUUAGAAAUUUCACCCUCGACGUCAACAUUCUUAUGCUCAUAGCAGUGAUAGGCACAAUUGUGCUGAAAGAUUACACAGAAGCCGGUACUAUAGUGUUUCUUUUCACCAUUGCAGAGUGGCUCCAAUCAAGGGCUAGUCAAAAGGCAACCGCGGUUAUGUCAUCACUAAUGAGCAUGACACCACAGCAAGCAACCAUAGCGGAAACAGGAGAAGUUGUAAAUGUAAAAGAUGUUAAGCUGAAUACCAUUCUUGCUGUCAAGGCGGGUGAACUUUUACCGAUUGAUGGAGUUGUUGUGGAAGGAACUUGUGAAGUUGAUGAGAAGACUUUAACUGGGGAGUCAUUUCCUGUUCCCAAGCAAAAGGAUUCUAAUGUUUGGGCGGGAACUGUAAAUGUUAAUGGUUAUGUUAGUGUUAAGACAACUGCCCUUGCCGAGGAUUGUGCUGUGGCGAAAAUGGCAAGGCUUGUAGAAGAAGCUCAAAACAAUAAAUCUAAUGUUCAAAGGUUAAUUGACAAGUGUGCUAUGUAUUAUACACCAGCUGUUGUUUUAAUAUCAGCUGGUUUAGCAGUAGUUCCUAUUGCAAUGAAACUUCAUGACAGAAAGCACUGGUUUCACUUAGCGCUGGUAGUAUUAGUGAGUGCAUGCCCUUGUGGACUUAUUCUCUCAACCCCGGUAGCAACUUUUUGUGCACUUUCAAGAGCAGCUACUUCAGGGCUUCUGGUGAAAGGGGGUGAUUAUCUUGAAAUUCUUGCCAAAAUCAAACACAUGGCUUUUGAUAAGACCGGGACAAUAACAAGAGGCGAAUUCACCUUGACGGACAUUCACUCACUUGCUGAUUAUGUUACUUUGACUGAAUUACUCCACUGGGUAUCAAGCAUUGAAAGCAAAUCCAGCCAUCCUGUAGCAGCUGUAUUAGUUGAUUAUGGACGAUCUCAAGGUGUUGAACCAAAGCAAGAUAAUGUAGAAGAUUUUCAGAAUUUUCCGGGAGAAGGAGUUUUCGGAAAAAUUAAUGGAAGAAAUAUCUAUAUAGGAAACGAGAAGCUAGGCCAAAGGGCUAAUUGUACAGUAGCUUCAAAUAUUGUUGAUGCGGAUGAUCAUACCAAGGAAGCACGGACUCGUGGAUACGUGUACUCUGAAGGAGCGCUAAUUGGAACUUUCAGUCUUUCGGAUGACUGUCGAUCAGGGGCUGCAGAAGCAAUAAAAGAGUUGAAAUCAAUGGGGAUAAGGACUGCUUUGCUAACUGGAGAUAACUGGUCCACAGCGAGGCGUGCACAAGAGCAGCUUGGACAAGCUUUAGAUGCAGUUCAUGCAGAACUUCUACCAGAGGACAAGGCAAUAAUUAUAAAGGACUACAAGAAAGACGGAUUCACAGCUAUGGUAGGCGAUGGUGUAAAUGAUGCCCCUGCAUUGGCUACUGCAGAUGUGGGCAUCUCAAUGGGAGUGUCAGGGUCCGCGCUAGCAACAGAGACAGGGCAUGUAAUUCUAAUGUCAAAUGACAUUAGGAAGAUACCAAAAGCUAUCAAGCUAGCAAGGAAAACCCGCAGAAAAGUGAUCGAGAAUAUAGUUUUCUCCAUCACUGCUAAGGCAGGAGUCAUUGCUUUUGCCAUUGCAGGCCACCCACUUGUCUGGCUGGCUGUUCUAGUUGAUGUCUUGACAUGCUUGAUGGUGAUCUUCAACAGCAUGCUUCUCUUGCGGGGAUCAGGCCAUGGACAUAGCAGUAGCAGGUGCUUCGGGCUGUUCUCUUCGGGUCAUUCUCAUAAGACAGAGCACCAUCAUAGUAAGAUGAUGACUGAGCAGUGUUGUUCUAAGAAUGCAGUGCCUCAUUGCUCGGUCACUCCUUGUCAGUCGACCAAAGCAAGUUCAUGUGGGCCUACUAAAUGUUCUUCUAAGGGUUGCUCGACAACUCCUAGUCAUACGACAAAUCCAAAGUCAUGUGAGCCUACGAGAUGUUCUUCUAAGGGUUGCUCGACUGCACCUUGUUACAUGAUCAGUCCCAAGUCAUGUGAGCCUACUAAAUGUUCUUCUAAGGGUUGCACAACUACUCCAAGUCAGACAACUCAUCCCAAGUCAUGUGUGCCCACAAGAUGUUCUUCUCAGGGUUGCUCGACUACUCCUUGUCAGACGAUAAAUCCCAAGUCAUGUGAGCUUACUAAAUGUUCUUCUAAGAAUUGCACGACUACUCCUAGUGAAACAACUGAUCCCAAUCCAUGUGAGCCCACAAAGUGUUCUGCUCGGGGCUGCUCAACUACUCCUAGUCAAACUACUAAUCCUGAGUCGUGUGAGUCUGCAAUAUGCUCUUCUCAGAGCUGCUCAACUCCAUGUCAGACUGCAGCAAAACAGACACCCGAAUCACCAAAAUGUUGUCAGAAUACAAAUCAACAUUUGAGGCUUGCAGAUACAAAUCAUGACUCAAAUGAGAAAUACUAUCAUUCUAGUGAAGAUCAUUAUCUAGACUUUCUUGAAAGUCAGACCAACUCAUGUGGUGGUACAACCAAGAAGGUAGACAAUGAGGAGAUAACGAUGUUCUGUGGAAGCGAGAUCAAACAUGAUGCUUUGAAAUUAGAGGAACAAAAGAGUUCUUGUUGUGAGGGACACAAUGAUGUGAACUGUCAAGGCCAAAUCCAGACAGCUCCUGGAGAAUCUAGUAUCGUAAUCAGCGUGCUGCCUGACAAGAAUGAACAACAUUGUUUACGCUCCCAUGAAAAUCAUGCACCACACCAUCAUCAUCACCAUGAACAACAUCAUGUUCAUAAUGAACCACAUCAUCAUCAUCACCACCAUCAUCAUCAUCCAGUUGUGUCACAUCCGGUAUGCCAUGCUAACACGGUUGCUAAGCACGCGUGCAGCAGUUUGAGAAAGAGGGAGAACCGAGGAUGUUGCAAGAGCUUCAGGAAGGAGUGUUGUAGUAAUACUAAUGCACAGGGUCAUAUAGGAGCUGCUUUUGGAGGUCUCACUGAAAUUGUAACCGAAUAGUUAAUCGAACUAAGGUACAUUAAAGAGAUGAAAAUUCAUCUUCUUCUUAUUUUCUUUUUUUGUUCUAGGGAAAGAAUUGAGAGAUUGAGAGCUAUGGCACAUUGUGGCACUUAGUUUUUCUGUAAAAAGCAUGAUUUGGUUGGGUUUUUUCUUCUCUAAAUCCCCUUUUUUUGGGCAUCUUAGCCGGGGAAUAAAUCCUACAUGUAUGUACAUUGAAGGUGGGAUGGAUACUUCCUCUAUACCCAACUUUGAUUCUCAUUAUGUAAUUACAUGUUGGUUUUAGUAAUCAAAAAUUGUGAUGGGACAAAAAAUAUGUUUGCUUGGAAACUUUGUAAAAGUCUAGUAGUUUAAGCUACUCACUAUAUGGGAAAUGUUAGCUUCUCAAGACA